AUGGACGUAGUUCUGUCUAAGAGGCCACGUGAGGUCGAUGAGGGAGAAGGACAAGCGAAAGAUUGUUUCGUUUCCUUCAUGGGAUCAAAUUCUCUAUCGCAGAUCGAUCCGUCGCCGUCGGUUAUUUGUUACGGUGCAUUGAACGAUGCUGCAGCUCAGUGCUUGGCGAACACAACCGUCCCAGAAGAGUUACAUCUGACCAACUGCAAUGGCUAUCACAGAUUCCCCGUCACAUUCAAAGAUGGGACUUGCCUUCUUGGAAGCCGCGAAAACGAAUCUUAUGCCAUCCUUGACACACAUAGCACCAGGAAACUGGCUGUCUUGAGGGAGCUAUCCUCAGUGAAACUUGAGGCUAUAACUGAUACUGGCAACCUUCUCAAGCGUCGAAAUAAAAGUAACAGACGACAGACAUUCUCUGUGUUCAUCAAUAUCUUCGGACCUCAAGACGUUGCUUCAGAUGCAGCAAGUCGUUUAUCAAAGGCUUCUGCUUUUCUUCAACACCCCAAGUCGUUGGAGCCUGGGAUUAUCUAUUCCAAUCCUCAAUUCUUUCGUGUUCCAGGGAUGGAAGAAGACAUGAACAAAUAUGUUGGCCUAGGUGACCGUCUUUCGAGUCAGAGGAAGGCCACGAUUUCGGCGGAAAUACACAAUAUUCUUUGCUCGUUGACAAGAGUAGAAUCUUUUCAAGCGGGGCUACCACAAGGCAUUCAAGCUGUCCUCAAACCGCAUCAAGAGGAUGCAUUCAGCUUUAUCCUCCAGCGUGAGACAGAAGCGGUUUGCAACAACUUGCAAAUUGGUUUGCAACAAGUUGCUAGAGUAAGCAAUGCAACGCAACCAGCGUUCUAUGGAGGAAUUAUUGCCGACGUCAUGGGACUUGGUAAGACUUUGACGAUGCUCACAGCCAUUCUGCGCUCGUUACCCCCGACUUGUAACUUUGACAAGGGAAAUAAAAGCGAGAUGUCUACAAAAACACCAACAAGGGCAACUUUGGUUGUUGUGACCUCAGCACAGCUCAUCGAAAGCUGGAGGGCGGAAAUUACCAGACACUUUGUCCCAGGUUAUCUGAACUAUAUUGUCUUUCAUGGAUCAAAACGAACAUCCAAUAAAAACGACUUAAUCUCACCCAGCAUCGUUAUAACUACAUAUGCAACAGUGGUGGCAGACCAUGAAGGAUUUGAUGUCCUGGGGCGAAUGAACUGGUACCGAGUUGUGCUAGAUGAAGCCCACUGGAUUCGAAAUCCAACCUCCAAGCAGUUUCGCGCCGUUUCCAGUCUUACUACCAACAGAAGAUGGUGCAUAACUGGAACACCUAUUCAAAACAAAUUGGAAGAGCUGGCAUCACUCGCAUCGUUUCUUCGGCUCCCACCAUUUUCCACUAGAUCGAGCUUUCAUAGCAACAUCCUGCUACCACUCUCCCAGGGAGGACCUAAUUAUGCUAGGCCACUUCGUGCAUAUCUAGGGGCUUACUGUUUGCGAAGAACAGAAACUCACCUCAAUCUUCCUCAGUCGUCCGAGGAAACCAUUUUCCUGUCAUUCUCUCCAGAAGAGACCAAACUCUAUAAGGCAAUUCUAGAACAAUCAAGGCGCGAGAUUGAUGAACUAGUCAGUUCUGCUGCUAACAUUAGGAGAUACAACAUCCUGUUCACGGCCAUUUUGAAGAUGAGAAUGCUCUGCAAUAGAGGUACACUUUCGCCGGCUGGACGUACAGCAUAUCUCUUGCCACAAAAGCCGAGUAUAAAGUGUGGGCGAUGUUCUGAAAUUUGUGAAGAUGAUGAACUACUUUUAGAAUCUCUCUCCUUUUGUCCAGAUUGCGAUCGUCCACUUCAUAUGUCGAGCCUGGAUCCCCAUUCUCGACUCAGCCCUAUAUCGGACUGCAUGGAGAACGACAUGAUAUCUCCCGAGUCAACAUACUCAGUUGAACCUCACUCAACAAAACUGUCUUCCGUAGUAGACAACGUCAGAAACCAUGGAAUAGGGGCCAAGCAUAUCGUCUUCUCAUAUUGGACUUCCACCCUAGAUGCGUUGGAGCAGCUUUUCAACACGGCGGGCAUCUGCCAUGUCCAGAUCGACGGGCGAACCAGUUACGCAGAAAGAUCUAAUCGUCUCAACAAAUUCCGUGAGGAUCCACGGGUGACAGUACUCCUAAUGUCCAUCGAGACGGGGUCAGUGGGCUUAAACCUAACCGCAGCCAGUGUGGUUCAUAUCGUCGAGCCGCAAUGGAAUCCGUCCGUGGAGGAACAAGCAGUUGCUCGAGCGCUGCGUAUGGGUCAGACUAAAGAGGUCAAGAUCUUUCGAUAUGUCAUGAGGGGCACAGUCGAGGAGAAUAUCAUUGGCCUCCAAAAGAAGAAACGAAAGCUAGCCACUUUCACAUUUGGCGAGGAUGAUAAGGGCGCGCAAGAGAAGUUAGAGGACUUGAAAUUCGUUUUGAAUGCGGAUAUUGACAUGAGUACGACCACUCCUGACAGAGCCCGAUGA